UGUGUUUUUUUUUCGCCAGUUCAACGAAAGAAGCUCGCGAGUGCGGUAGCGGAUAACGGUAAACGGUAGACGGUAGCUCCAAUAACGGUCCAUCGGCGGUCCAUAUAGCAUAGUGCAGUGUAGUGUACCGCAGUGUUUUUAAGUGAAGUGCAGACGGGGGUUGCUAGCAAAAAGCCCAUAAAAUACAAAACGCUAAAAGGUGAAGAAAGAAAAAAUAUUUAACCCAAGUGUGUCGGUUCAGUGUUUCUGUGGUGCGAAAAUCUCACGAAAAUAGAAAAAAAGAAAACAAGAGGAAAAAUUCAAUAAAAACAUGGCCCGCUGAGCGUUGAGCCGCACACAACAGAAAAGCUGGAAAAACAACGUCAACAGCUAACUGGGGAAUAACAAAAACUCACGUCCGAAAAACCAAAACUAAACUCGGAAAAAAGCACGAAGCGAAAAAGAAAAACAAGCGCGAAAAGUUGCUCGCUUAAUAAAGGAUUUUCCAUCCAGCUGGAAUGUGUUGAGUGGAGAGUGUCACUAAUUGAAUGCUUAUUGCUGCCUGGACAACUCGUAAUUGAAUGGGAGAUUGAAGCGCGCAAGAGCGACAGGGACAUCCAUCUUAGCGUACGUAUUUACUCGAUACCUACGGUUCUACAGCUUAGCUCAGAGAAAAAAUAUCGCCAAGUGUAGUGCUAAGUCAGAAUGUUUGAGCGUCGAUUAGUUCAGAGUGGUGGCAGUUGAGGCGCCCAGAAGAGAGCACGAGAACGUCCUUCCCGCCCACUCGCAGGCCCCGUUUUCCGGUGGGUGAGUGUGUGCGAGCCAGAGUGGUGCGUCGGCGAGUGUGUGCGUGAGUGGUGCCCGCGUCGGUGGUGGUUAGCAUGCAAAUCAACGGUCAAGCUGCCGGACCCACGAUGGCAGCCUCCGAGCCACCAGAGCCGCCGCCGCGCAAUCCGGACCGCAUAAACGCCUCGCUGCACAAGCUGGGCGAAUCCAAAAUCGUUAAAUCGCUGGACAGUUCGGUGACGACAGCGCUGAAGGAGAAAGCCGCUUCCGUGAACAACAACAAGCCCAUAAGGCCGCUGCUAUCGCUGGACAGCUCGGCGACGGCCUCGACAUCCUCGGGGGCAGCAGGAGCCACAGGAUCCGGGGGCGGAGGAGGAGCGCCUGCGAAGCCAUCGCCGUCGCCCUUGGUCUUGGCCUCCAAACGAGACCUCACGCCCAGCAACGACAGCAGCUCAUCGCCGUCCAGUUCGAAUGGCAGCAACCAGACGCUCACCCCACCCAUGACCGCUGAUAAUCAGCCGCUUCAGCCGCAGUUACAGCACCACCAGCACAGGAGUCCUGCGUAUCCUGGCAAGGUGGAAUUGGCAGGUGUGCCUGUGGCCCUGCAGCAGCAGCAACAGCAAUUGCCGAAUGGCAUCUGCAUCGGCAGCAGCAACAGCAACAGCCACUGCAACAGCAACAGCAACAGCAACAACAGCAGCAGCAGCACUUGCAACUCCGGCACAGCCAUGAUCCAUGCGAAUAACUCGAAUUUAAUUGCCGCAGGUCACUUGGCCCAGGCAACUGGCCCCGCCCACAACGCCCCCUCCGGCGGCAGUGCCCUCAAUGCUGUCGACAAGCGAAAUGCCAACCUAUCGGAACCGGAUCAGGACCCGCCCUCGAAUGUGAAUGUGAAUGAGAAUCUCAAUCUGAAUCUGAAUCCGAACUCAUCGGUGGCCCUGGGACCCCCGCACUCCCCCACCUCCGCCGCCUCGGCGGCCUUGCUCCUGUUGGAGUCCUGCGAUGGAAAUCGCAACGACGAGUCAAGGUUCCACCUGCAUUCCGCUCCCCGCUCAGAAGCUGCCAUGAAGCUGCGCGAGGAGAACGAUCGCCUCAACGCCGAACUGCUUCGCCUGAGGCGACUCCUCGAGCUCUCCACAGACGGAGCAGUGGGUGGAGUGGACACCACGGCGGAACUGGAGGCGGUCUCGUCCGCCGAAGGAUCAGCUGCCAAGGAGCGAAUCGAGCGGCUGGAAUCCGAACUCAGAUCGGUGAAGAACCAGCUGCUCACCAUGCGGCUGGAAAGGAAGAAACUGCGGACGGAUAAGUCCGAUCUUCUGGGCCAGGUGAAACAGUUGUGCGCCUCGCUGCAGGAGAAGGAGCAGGAGCUGCGCGACUUCAUACGGAACUACCAGGACCGGGUUCGGGAAACCGAGACAACGAAUGCCAAGAUCUCCGGGGAUCGGGAUCGGGAGCGUUUCCAGCUGCUCAAGCAGGCCCGCGAUGAGGCGGAGCGUUCACUGGCUCUGGCCCAGCAGCUCUCCGCCCGGGAUCUGCAGCUCCAGAGGCUGCAGGAGCAGCUGCAGGAGACCCGCCGCCAGUUGACCGGAUGCCUGUCCGACCAGGAGAGCCUCCACUCCUUUGCCCCGCUGACCCCUCCGUCGGCCGCCUCGGGAAUGCUCAGUCAGAUGGCCGCCGCCUCGGGAAUGGGCGGUGGAUUGGCAGGGAUUCGGGGCACCACCGAGGACAGUGGGCGUGGCAACUCGCUGUCCGCCUUCAGUGGCAGCUUGAGCGGGGGAUCGGGAGCCACGGCGGGGGAUCGCAACUCCUGCUCGAAUGACUCGGGCCUGAGGAACAGCAGCGAUCGGGAGAGCACCGGCGGAGAACUGAACUUCAGCGAUGGCACCUGCGACAACGGACCCUGCAUCACGGUCGAUCCAGAUAGUAUCUCACUGGUGUCCAGCCAGAACAUGUAUCAAUUUGGCACACCCAAGGAACGCAGCCCCACAUUGUCUCCUCUCAACUCGGCUGCCUACUCAAGGUCUGUGGAGCAGUUGGGCUCACCUGUGGAUCCCGAAGGACCAGGUGGUGGAGCCAUCAGCAGGAAGUUCGCCAGCGCCAACAAAAGUGGACCACUUGGAGCUCGCAAUGGACGUGGCGGGACUUGGGGAAGCAUAUCCCGGGUGUUUGCCCGCUCCCGGAAUAAAAGCAAGGCUCUAUCCGCCGAUGGAGUCACUGAAUAUGCCGACUACUCGUGGAAUCCGCUGACGGAGGAGGGCUAUGCCGAGAAGCUGCGUCUGCUGCGGGAGGCCUCCCAGCUGCCCAUCGACCGCUGGCGGGCCACUCAGGUGCUGGCCUGGCUGGAGGUGGCCCUGGGAAUGCCCCAGUACAGCGCCAGGUGCGCCGAGAACGUGAAGAGCGGCAAGGUGCUGCUGGAGCUGAACGACGUGGAGCUGGAGGCGGGACUGGGACUCGCCCACCCGAUGCAUCGCAAGAAGCUGCGGCUGGCCAUCGAGGAGCAGCGGCGUCCAGAGAUGGUCCGCUACCCCCUCAUCACGCAGCUGGGCCACACUUGGGUGGCCACCGAGUGGCUGCCGGACAUCGGACUGCCCCAGUAUGCGGAGCCCUUCGUGCAGUCCCUCGUCGACGCCCGGAUGUUGGACACGCUCUCCAAGAAGGAGCUCGAGAAGUUCCUGGGCGUCACGCGGAAGUUCCACCAGGCCAGCAUUGUCCACGGCAUCCACGUGUUGCGCAUCGUGAAGUACGACCGCCAGACACUGGCCAUGCGGCGGGUGCAAUCGGAGACGGUGGACACGGACCCCAUUGUGUGGACGAACCAGCGCUUCAUCCGCUGGGUGCGAUCCAUCGACCUGGGCGAGUACGCCGACAACCUGAAGGAUAGCGGCGUGCACGGCGGCCUUGUGGUGCUGGAACCAUCCUUUUCUGGGGACACCAUGGCCACCGCCUUGGGCAUUCCGCCCUCGAAGAACAUAAUACGGCGACAUCUCAACACGGAAUUCGAUGCCCUCAUUUUGCCCGCACGAGCGACUCUGGGUCAGGGCAUCCGUUCCGGUUGCGGCGUAGUGCCUCUAACGGGACCCGGCGGACUGCAGCACUAUGCCACAACAGAUCGCCGCUCGAGCGGCAACCUCAGGAUUUCGGCAUGGAAAGGAUCUCAGAGCUCCCUUUCUAAAGCCUUUCGGUUUAACAGCAAACCCCAUCGCACCGGCGACCGCAGUUCCUUUGGGAACUCCACCUCCCCAACGCCUUCGUACAGCAGCAGCGAGGGUGGCGGAGGAAUAUACGCAACCAUAGGCCACCAGUACCCGAAUCCGCAUACGAAUCCCCAGCAGCAGCAGCAGCACUACCACCACUUCCUGCCGCCGCCGACGACGGCUCCACCGCAUCCCUCGGCCGGGGGCAUCUACAGUCAUGGUCCGCCGCCGGGACAUCGGGUGAGCGCCCCGCCGGUGGGGGGAAUACUGGAUGGCGUGAUGACCGACCCCCAGAUGCUCUACGAGCAGAGUCGGCGGCGGGUGAAGAGCAUCAGCGACAUUGGGGCAUCGACGAGUGCGGGCAGCGUGGGGGCCUGCAGCCUGGGGGGCAUAUCGGCAUCCUCGGAGUCGCCAGAAUAAGAGUGAAACGCUAGCUAGAUAGGAUGAUAACUACCACAACCAAAGAUACUCAGCUGUACUCCCGCAUGAAAAUCCCAUCUUCCCCAAGAAACCAAACAACCAACUCACCCAACUUCCCAGCUGCAUUUGAGCUUAGAUUCUACGAGCAAACUCAAUUAUAUUCAAGUCAGUGUCAGACCCACCUACAAGAUACAAGCAUUCAGCAGAUACAGAUACAUAUGCGUCGAGAAAUACAAAUAAGCGAGUAAUCAUUUGAUCAAAUCAGAUAGAACUACGAACUAUAUGCUAAACGUAAUUAACAAAAUAAAUAUUGUGUAGACUAAGCGCUCUAUCCGCAGGCAAAGAAGAACGAAUCAAACACUCCACCCUAAACACAAAUCAACUGGAAUAGUUUAAUCAAUCGCGUAUAUGUAAUUCUAAUUGUAAUUGUAACUGUAAAGCUAGCUCUAAACCGAUUUAAUAGUGAGAGGCAGAUUGGGUGGAAGUACUAUACUCACAGAAUUAAAAGCUGAUGCGCAGACACUGGAGAUGCGAUUGCAAUUUAGAUAAAUUGAAAUUAUUUUGUAACCGAAACUAUCGUAGCUAAGCAAAUGGAAACGGAAACUAUUGAAUUAAAUUUGAUAAGCCGCGCAAGGCGGCACUUUGUAAAUUACGAUAAGCCCUAAGCAACGUUCAAUAUCGCAUGGUAAUGGUAAACGAAAAAGAAAACAUACAGAAACAGAAUCAAGUAUAUGGUAAUUACAAACGCACUCCCCAAAACCCUCGCACAACCAAAGAAAGUCAGUCAGCCCGCUUAAUCCGCCAAUCUAUCAGUAUCGAAGAAUCCCCGUAAGCGUCAGGGUAUUAUUAAGCUGACCAAUUUAACUCUAGACCUAUGACGAAGAAACUAUCGAAUAAACCAAUGAUCAAAACUCUGUUGUAAA